AGUUAACAAUACCAAAUUCCAGGCAAGUCUGCAAUAAGGUUGAAAUUACGAAUUUUCCCAUUGAAGAUCAAAAUUCCUAAUUUAUUUGAACUUGACCAAACCCACUUAACUCUCAACCUUGCUCAUUGCUCAAGUCAACUAUUUCAACUGGGAAUUGGCAAGUAAUUUAGUCACUCAGAUUAGCUGGUUACAUAUUCUAAGAUUUCUUUUCACGUGGUUUCGUUUUAAUUCCACUGUUCUAUCUUUAAAUUCUAUGUUUUUCUUCUCCUAUUCAGGUUGAAUUACAGUAAUUAAUGCAUAUUAUUUCCAGCUUUUAUUUGCUGAAUGUGCAAGCAAAUCCAUUUGUAUUACUAAAUUUAUAAAGGAUUUUGUUGGGUUUAAGCAAUAUGAGUUUAUUUAUAUUCCACUCAAAGUGCACAUUUUUCUCCCCUUACAAUAAGUGGGUAGCAUUGCACUAUUACAAACUUCCAUUCUUGGAGUCAUAAUCACAUUCACAGGCAGGCAAUUGAAAUUUGGGAGAGAUUGAUUAUUGGUAAUUGUGAUCCUUUCCCUUUAAAUUUUAUUGUUGUAUUUGUUGUUGUUCAAUAAUGGGUGGAUGAUGUUUUAUGUUGGUUAGAAUCUAGCUGUGUUUUUUUUGUAUUACAUGGUAGGCUGAGUCGAAGGGUAAGGCAAAGUGAUCGAGAAUCGAACUCAGGAUCCUACCCAGGUAAUGUGAAACCCACACAACUAAGAUAAGACCCGAUUUUCGAAAUCUAGUAAUGUUUGAAUGGUUCAAUAUUGGGUUUUCAUUGUAUUUGGGGAAUUUCAUUCAUAAUUGAUAUUGGGUUUGAAUUGUUUGGAUUGGUUGAUUUUGAGUUGUUUUGGUUUAUUUAGGUUCUUAUAGAGUAGGGAAACUUGGUUUGAUCAUAUCAAUCUUAGGGUUUUGAAUUGAUUUUAAUGUUAUGGUUACCUUAAUUUAGUCUUAAACUUAGAUUAUUUCUCGGUUAUGCUUAAAUUUUGACUUAGAAUUUUGUUGGUGUUGGUUAUUAGUUGCCUGAUAUUAGGUAUGGCAAAGUUAUGCCAUCCCAAAUUGAGAUUAGCCCGAAUAAUGGGUUGGCUCCAAUUGUUUUUAGGAGGGCUUGUUGUUAUUGUGACCAUAUCUAGUCUAGUUAAAUUCUAUCAUGCUGGAUUUUUCUUCCAUAGUGAAGAUAUUUGUCGUCAUUUUUAUGGGUCGAAGGAUGUUUUUGAGGGAUUUGAUGUCAAGGCUUUGUCGGAUCGCAUUGAGGAAGUGCUUGAUAAGAUGGAAGAUUUGCAAAACAAACUUGAAGCAAAUGUGCAAAAGAUGGAAAAAGAGAAAGAUCAAUUGGAAAAGAGUAAUAUGUCUAGGCAAGAGUUCAAGAGGUACUUAGAGGAUGAGAUUGUUCAGCCGCUUUAUGAUGCUCAUAUUGCACUUAGACAGAUCCGAUUACCAAAACUUGGAGGUGUUGGAAACACGACCUAUAUGGAGGAACCAUUGAUUAAUAAUUUUGUCGUCGAGGAGAUCAGAAAGUACAUAACUCCUAAAGAGAACAAGAACGGGAAGAUAAACAUUUUUAAAACAGAACGGAUACACAAUACUAUAGGCCAUGCUUGUGUUUUAAUGAAGAAAGAAUUAGAAGUCUACAUGGAUUAUGAUGUGGGUUCUUAUUGUAAGGAUGAUUGGAAUAUAGCACAAAAGCUUAUGCUUCAUGGAUGUGAUCCUUUACCUCGACGGCGUUGCUUAACACGAGCCUCUAAGCUCUACUUCAAGCCAUACCCGGUUAAUGAAUCACUUUGGAAGAUACCGGAUGGAAGAAAUGUCCGAUGGAAUCUCUACAAGUGCCGGGAUUUUGAAUGUUUAUCGAGCAACAAUACUAAUCGAGGUUACACGAAAUGCACGGGAUGCUUUGAGAUGGACAAAGAAAUGCUUAAAUGGGUCAAUAAGAGCACUAUUUCUCCUGUUGAUUUUCUCAUUAGUGACGUUUUGGCCGUUAAGCCAGGGGAAAUACGGAUAGGUAUUGACUAUAGCGUUGGAACUGGAAGCUUUGCUGCACGGAUGAUGGAACAAAACGUUACCAUUAUCUCGACUGCCCUAAACUUGGGAGCGCCUUUUAGUGAAGUGAUAGCACUGCGAGGUCUGCUUCCGUUGUAUAUAACACCAAAUCAACGACUUCCAUUCUUUGAAAACACGAUGGACAUAAUACACACAACUGGGCUAUUGGAUGGAUGGAUCGAUCUGUUACUGUUGGAUUUCAUGUUAUUUGAUUGGGAUCGGGUUUUAAGGCCCGGAGGUCUAUUAUGGAUCGAUAAAUUCUUCUGUAGUAGAAAAGACUUGGAUGAUUAUAUGUACAUGUUUCUGCAAUUCAGGUAUAAGAAGCAUAAGUGGGUUGUUUCUCCAAAAUCAAAAGAUGAGGUUUAUCUGUCUGCUUUGUUAGAAAAGCCUCCUAGAUCUUUAUGAGGUUUUAUUCUGUUUAUUGUUCACACUCAAAUUCACUUAACUACAUACUAAUCUAGUAAUGUAAGAACUAUCAUGUGUUGAAAAGUUUCAUUAAUAUACUUCAUUAAGUUUCUUUUCUUAGAUCAAUUAUGCUUUCGAUCAUCUAAUACUCCCUUUGUACCAAAAUUAUUGUAUUAUUUGUGUUUUGUUGUUUUUGUUAAGAAUAGUGUUUUUAUUUCUUUGUGAUAUUAUAAUC